CUGGAAACUGCAUGUAGUGGAGUUUCAUAAACUAAAACGACAGAUUUUGUUAAUCAGUUACAGCUUACAACUGUCAACCCACAAGCAAAUUAAAUUUUGCAGAGACAGUUAAUACUUCUUCUAAAGACCAAACACAUAGGAUUCAUCGCCUGAGAUUCGAACAUGGACGGAGUUCUUACAGUGGUUCCAUCUGUAAUUUGUGGUGUGUCUCUGCACAGUUCAUGUCGGAACAGGGUUAAUGCUGGAUCCAGACACCAUUCUCCCAAUCCAGUUUCAGGUCUUCAAACUGGGAAUCGCGUUUCCAUUAUUCACCCAUCUCAGAAAGGAAGUUCCUUUCCUAGAAAGCGACAUUGUCUUGAAACUUGGCGCAUGGUGAUGAUAAAAUCCGCAGCUUCUUCAGUUGGAAAUACAGACGAGAACGUGGAAGAACCAGCUACAAGUGUGAAGUUUCAGAGAUCUGUGACAUUACCUGGUUGUGCUACUACGCUCUCGUUGCUUGGCACUGGGUUUAGAGAGAAAAAGUUUGCAAUCAUUGGUGUCAAAGUCUAUGCUGCUGGUUUAUACGUGAAUGAAUCUAUUUUAACCGGGUUAACCGCUUGGAAAGGGAAGUCUGCUGAUGAGAUUCAAAGAGAUAGAUCACUGUUUAAUUCCAUUUUUCAAGAUCAAGCAGAGAAAUCGUUGCAGAUUGUUCUUGUGAGAGAUGUUGAUGGUAAAACCUUCUGGGAUGCAUUGGAUGAAGCCAUUUCACCAAGAAUCAAAUCUCCUUCUCCUGAUGAUAAAACUGCUCUCUCUACAUUCCAAGGGAUCUUCCAAAACAGACCUCUCAACAAAGGAAGUGUCAUACUCUUGACUUGGAUCAAUCCUUCUAAAAUGCUUGUUUCUGUUUCAUCCGGAGGGUUACCAAAGGAUGUGGAUGCAGCGGUUGAGUCAGAUAGUGUUACAUCUGCUCUGUUCGAUGUGUUCUUUGGGGACUCUCCAGUUUCUCCUACACUGAAAUCCUCAGUGGCUAACCAAUUAGCUAUGGUCCUCAGAUAAAACUGUAAAUGUUACAUAUCAUGUUGUAAUAUGAAUAUUUUGGAACUUGUGGUGUUAAGUCUAUGUUUGUAUUAAUCUUGUAUAACCAGAUAAAGACAUCAUGUUUGAGUUUAAACUUAAUACUGGAGUUCCUAAUAUUGGAAAUUAA